AUGAAGUUGAUUCUCUUAUUUAUUUGUAUUGGUUUAAGUUGUUGCUCAGUUCCAUUGGUUUGUUCAGAAGCUAAGAAGGAAAAGGAUUGUUUAGAAAUUAUCAAUGGAAUAAAUGAAUGCGUAUGGACUGGAGGAUAAUGCGAAAUAAAAACUUGUGAGAUGCUAAAACCUCCAUGUGAUGGAGAGGCUUAUUCUGGAUAUUCAUGUUCCAAUAGCAAAUUAGGAUGCAAAACUGUUAAACAAUGUUCAGAUAUUGAGAUAUCAUCUUCUUGUUCUGUAGUAACUCCUUUUGGAAAAUAAUGUAUUUGGGAGUAAGGAUGUAGAAUUAGAUAAUGCAAGGAUAAUACUCAAGAAACUUGCACAGUUACUAAUGGAUAGUUAUGCAUGUAUUAAAAUAAUUAAUGUACUUUGAUUACUGGAUGUGCUGAUAUUGUUGAAGUUGAUAAAUGUGAAACAGAUGAUUAUCAUCAAAACCUAUCAUGUGCAUGGAAGGAUGGAAGAUGUUAAAAAAGGCAAUGUGAUAUGAUAGCGAAUGAAGAAGAAUGUUUUAAGACAGUUGUAUAAUCUGAGAGAUGUUUUUAUGGUUAAAUUACAGAAUAACAAUCUGGUUGUUUGAGUUGUUCAAUAAUAACUGAUUCUUGUUUAUGUGAUCAUUACAAUCUGUUUGGUUGUGCGUGGAAAUAAGAUCAUUGUUAUAAAUAAUCUUGUGAAACCUUUACAAAUAUUGACCAAUGCAAUUCAGCUUAUGAUAGCCUAACUUGUACUUGGUAUGUUCCUCUAAAUAAGUGUAUGACUAUUGAUGAUGCUAAUACCUUGGAUCGUUAAUGCGAUAUCUAUAGUUUUAGUUCAGGAAUACAAUUGUUACUCAUGGUCAUCCUUUUAAUGUUUUGA